AUGUCCAACAACAGAAUCUUCGUUGCUCGUCUCCCAUGGUCUGUCUGCAAGAUCGCCCUCAGAAACCACUUCUCCAAGUUUGGUUCCAUUACUGAUGGUUACGUCGUAUUAGAUCGUAUUACUCGUCGUUCAAAGGGUUACGGUUUCGUCACCUACUCAACCAACGAAUCUGCUCAACAAGCUAUUGCCGUCCAACACGAAAUGGAAGGUCGUCAAUUGGUUGUCAACAUUGCCUUUGAUAAGAACACCCCAAAGGUAGACUCCCCAAUGGAUAUGGAAGACUUGAAGCAAUAA